UUUAUUGAAAUUCUGUAAGAAAACACACGUAGAUUUGAUAAUACAUAUAUUCGCUGGAAAUAGUAGGAGUCUGCAGUUUUCUAUACAUAUAUAUAUAGAAAAUUUCGCUGUUGAAACCACAAACGUCUUUCAGCCGUAUCGAAAUCAAAUAUGGUAAAACAUAUUGUUGUUAUAUUUUUCUUAUUUGUUUAUAGUUACGUUGACAGUUGUUUGAUAACGAAUUGCCCCAGAGGUGGCAAGAGAAGCGGUACUACUGGAUAUAUGGAAUCAAAUAUUAAAAAGUGUAUUUCAUGUGGUCCUGGAUAUACAGGUCAAUGUUUCGGUCCAAAUAUAUGUUGUGGCCCUUUUGGUUGUUUAAUGGGUACGCCCGAAACUGUACGAUGUCAACGAGAAGGCAUGUUCCACGAAGCUGAAGCCUGUAUAGCGGGGAAAGGUUUUUGUCGAAAAAAUACAGGACGCUGUGCUACGGAAAAUAUAUGUUGUAACCAAGAUUCGUGCAUCACAGACCGACAUUGUUCAAUGGAAAAUAAACAGGAAAAUAUAGCAAACUUAGACUUCUACAAUUUCCUGAACACCUACCCAAUUGAGAUAACUGAAAAUUAAUCAAUAUGGCAAUGGAGUUCAUAAGUUUGUAAACCGCUUUCACUAAUAGCAUAAAGUUAAUAAAAAAUUAUACUUA